GAGAAGAGUGCUCUCUCUGUAACCUUUGGACUGAUUUGUUGAGUUUUCAGAGUGGAUUUGAGGUUAAAGUGGAAGGCAGUUAUCAAAACCAGGGGUCAUGUAAUCUGGUGUGGUGUAUUACACAAUCUCAUGCUGGUGAAACAUUUAGUCCUGCUGUUGUAUCCACUAUGGACCUUGACUCUGCAGACGCACUGAAGUCAGUCCACAGAAACCUAAGCAUAACUUCACCUGGAGCGUGUUGACUGAGAAAGGAUUCAGUUUUCUCAUUUUCUUGAGCACGAAGACACAUCUACACUUAAAGAGCUGUAGCCAUGGUGUCAGCUGACAGUCUAACCAUAUAUUUCUCAGAGGUCAUCCUGUCACAUCUGGUCUUAACAUCUGCUUUACUUCUUGCCGCCCUCGCUGCCAUCCGCCGGCGCAUAAGAGAUUCCUACAAGGUCGGUGGCUUCAGCCAGAAGCAUGUGUUCAUCACGGGCUGCGACAGCGGCUUUGGGAACCUGCUGGCCAGGCAGCUGGAUCGAAAAGGUUUCCAUGUCGUAGCCGCCUGUCUCACGGAGAAAGGUGCGGCAGACUUGGCGGCAGCGGCCUCCCCCAGACUGAAGACCCUCCUGCUGGAUGUUACAGACAGUGAGAGCAUCAGGAGGGCGGUGGAGUUUGUGAGCGGAGAGGUCGGGGAGCGAGGUCUGUGGGGACUGGUGAACAACGCUGGGAGGUCCACACCCAUCGGCCCGACAGAAUGGAUGGAUUUGAAGGAUUUCAGAAAGGUUUUGGAUGUGAAUCUGACGGGAGUCAUUGAGGUGACGUUCCAGUUUCUGCCGCUGCUGAAGAAAGCCCAGGGCAGGGUUGUGAAUGUGGCAAGUAUCCUGGGAAGACUGUCUCUAAUUGGUGGAGGAUACUGUCUGUCCAAAUAUGGAGUGGAGGCCUUUUCCGACAGCCUCAGGAGGGAAAUGCAGCACUUUGGUAUCAAAGUGAGCAUUAUCGAGCCUGGUUUCUUCAAGACAGGUGUGACCCGGCUGGACCUUAUCGAAGCCGACCUGAGGAGGCUAUGGACUCGCCUCCCUGAAGAUAUUAAAACCUCAUACGGAGCCACAUACUUUGAAGACUAUUUGAAAGCUCAGGAUUUCUCCAUGGGCCUCUUGUGCAGUCCAGACAUCUCCAAGGUGACCAGAUGCAUGGAGCACGCGCUGACAGCUUGUUUCCCACGCACACGUUACGGUGCAGGCUGGGAUGCCAAGCUUUUUUGGAUUCCUCUGUCCUAUCUGCCUUCGUUUGUAUCAGACUUUGUUUUCAAUGUGCUUCUUCCUGCACCCAAAGGUGAGAGAAGCAACUAACAGAAAACAUGUGAGCUAAACGGCUGACCUGUAAAACAGUUUGUAUGAUUUUUCCUGUCAUCAGUCUUCAUGUAUGAAACCAUGAAAAUGAAUGUUAUAAUCUUAAACAUAUUGUGCAAAUAUGGGGUGAAAAAUAAAAACCCUAUUCAGACUAUAUUACAAAAUAGGAAAUUUAUUCAUUCAUGUCUCAGCAGCAGCAAUUUAAACCACAUGGGCGUGUUCUGGAUGAUCACAGAUACGGUUUUUAUUCGUCCUCAUUAUGAUACAAAAUAAAUCACUCUGUAAAGAAUUUA